AUGUUUGGCAACAAACAGUCUGUAGGUCUCCAGACUUUCCAUAGCAAGCACAGAGGUAAAUACUCAGCCCAGAGACUGGCAAAAACUCCAAAGACCGAGACAUGA